AUGGCUUACAGUUUCGAUCCAGUCUAUGAACGAUUUAGGAAGCAAGCUCCACCUAGUUUUGAAGGGAAAGCAGAACCUAUGGAAGUAGAAGAUUGGUUGAAGUUAGUAGAAGCCAUUUUUGACCACAUGGAGCUAAACGACCAUCAAAGGGUUUUGUGUGCAGCUCACUUACUCAAGAUGGAUGCAAGGAUAUGGUGGGAUGUGGUGAAACAGACUCGUGACUUGAACACUAUGACCUGGGCAGAUUUUUUUCAAGUUGGCAAAACGUACUACAGUGCAGCUAUAUUGGCAACCAGGGUGGAUGAGUUCAUGACUUUGGUUCAAGGGAACCUUUUCAUCACCAAUUACACUCAGAAGUUUGACAGGUUUGCUAGGUUUGCACCUAAAAUAGUACUAACUGAGGCCAUGCGGGUUCAAAGGUAUAUGAGGGGACUUAAGCAUAUGAUUGCUAGAGAUGUCAAGAUGACCAAUGCUGAGGUGGUUAGUUACGCUGAGGUUUUGGACAAGGCACUUGAAGCAGAGUAA